AUGGCGGUCAGCACCCGCGGCCGCCCGAAUCGGAGUAGUCGGACGAGAGGUCGGAAUGACAGCGGAGAGGAGAAUGUACCGCUGGAUCUGAGCAGGGAGCCCUGGGACAACAUGCGUGAGAUUCUCCAGAAUGUGGCCAAACCACACGGUGUGUCCAACAUGCGCAAACUGGGCCACCUGAACAACUUCAUCAAGCUCCUUAGCAGUACAGGUCACAGUGAGGAGAAGUUUGGCCACUCAUAUGAGGACAUUAUUAUUUGUCUGCGUGUGGCACUGCUGAAUGAGGCUAAAGAGGUCCGUGCUGCCGGCCUGCGGUGCCUGAGAUAUCUGAUUCGAGACAGCACAGUUUUACAGAAAGCUCUACAGCUGCAGGUCGAUUACCUCAUCGCCAGGUGUAUUGAUAUCCAGCAGAGUAAUGAGGUGGAGAGAACACAGGCCUUGAGACUGGUGCGGAAGAUGAUAACAGUCAAUGCACAGCUGUUCCCCUGCUCUGUCGUAAACUCUCUCAUCGCUGUUGGCAACGACGGCAUGCAGGAGAGAGACCGCAUGGUGCGAGCCUGUGUCGCAAUCAUCUGUGAACUGGCUCUGAAGAGCCCAGAGGUGGUGGCAGACCGUGGUGGUCUGAGCACCAUCCUAAAGAGUGUGAUCGACUGUCAGCUCAGCCGCAUCAACGAAGCACUGAUUACUACUGUUCUCCACCUGCUCAACCACCCACACACACGCCAGUACGUCCGCUCCGACGUGGAGCUCGAGCAAAUCUUGGCCCCUUACACAGACUUUCACUACCGACACAACCCAGACACUGCAGAGGCUCAUGUCAGGGAAGACCGAGAGGCUCGGUUCCUGGCCAGUAAAAUGGCGAUUGUGGCAGCGUUUCGGUCCUGGGCCGGGAUUAUUAAUCUAUGUAAAUCUGGUAACUCUGGUAUUCAGUCUCUGAUUGGUCUACUCUGCAUACCAAAUAUGGAAGUGCGGAAAGGGUUACUGGAUGUGUUGUAUGAGAUUUUUCGGCUCCCUGUUCCCAUGGUAACAGCAGAUUUUGAAGAAGCUCUCCACAGUGUCGAUCCCAGCAGGUGUCAGGACACUUGGCGUUUGUCUGACGGGUUUGUGGCUGCAGAGGCCAAAGUCAUUCUGCCACACAGGGCCAGGUCACGGCCUGAUCUGAUGGAUAACUACCUGGCGCUGGUCCUGUCUGUCUUCAUAAACAGUGGACUCUUAGAGGGCCUGGUAGAGGUUAUGACCAGUAGUGAUGAUAGCAUUUCAGUGAAGGCCACUCUUCUGCUUGGAGAACUACUGCACAUGGCCAAUACCAUUCUGCCUCAUUCUCACAGUCAUCACCUGCACUGUUUACCCACUCUCAUCAACAUGGCUGCUUCCUUCCACAUCCCUCAGGAGAAACGGCAUCGUGCCAGCGCAGCUGUGAAUAACCUAAAGCGUUUUCAUGAGAAGAAGAAGCGAGGUCCUAAAGCCCACAGCCUCUACCUGCAAAACAUCAUCCGCAAAUCAGUGACGGUGCAGACCAGGAGAGAGCAGCUCCGCCCACACAAAGACAGUUACAUCGCCAAGGACGCUGAGGAAGCACUCCUGUCUAAUCUGAGAGACAGCCUCAUUCUGAAUCACAAACACAACCUGGAGUGGAACUGGGUAUUGAUCUCCACUAUACUGAAGUGGCCCAACAUCAGCCUCAAGAACAACAAGGAUGAACAGAUUCACAGGUUUGUUCGGAGGCUGCUGUUCUUCUAUAAGCCCAGCAGUAAACUGUACUCAGCGCUGGAGCUGGACCACACCAAAGCCCGACAGCUCACAGUCACUGGAUGUCAGUUUAUGGAGUUUCUCACGAACUCAGAUGAGGAGGGCCAGCCUUAUCUGGAGGACUUCUUGAAGGACGUUGUUCAGUGGUUGUCCUCAGCGUUGGGACAGAAACCUGAACGCAGUCUACAGAGUAACGGUUUACUGAACACACUAAGCCAACACUACUUCCUGUUCUUGGGCACGCUGUCUGCUCACACACACGGCGUUAAGUUACUGGAAAGAUGUGGGGUAUUCCAGUGUCUGUUGUCCAUGUGUUCUCUGAAGAAUCAGGACUGUGUGCUGAAGCUGACUGUGUCAUCUCUGGACUACAGCAGAGACGGACUCGCCCGUGUCGUUCUCUCCAAGAUCCUCACGGCAGCCACAGACAACUGCCGUCUUUAUGCCACUAAGCACCUGCGUGUUCUCCUGAGGGCAGGAGUGGAGUUCUUCAGUAACUGGGGCAUGGAGCUACUGGUCACCCAGUUACACGACUACAACAAGGCUGUUUCUAUGGAGGCUUUGGACAUACUGGAUGAAGCAUGUGAGGACAAGGCGAAUCUUCACACUCUGAUCCAUAUGAAACCAGCUCUCACUCAUCUGGGAGACAGAGGAGUUUUACUGUUGCUCAGGUUUCUGUCCAUCCCGAAGGGCUUUUCAUUCCUCAAUGAGAGAGGCUACGUCAAUAAAGAGCUGGAGCGAUGGCAGGCGGAUUAUAAUCUGAAAUAUGUGGACAUGAUCGAGGAGCUGAUGAAUGAGGCUCUUACCACUUACCGUAAGCCUGUUGACGGUGACAACUACGUGCGCCGUAGCAACCAAAGAUUACACAGACCCAGUGCUUACCUGCCCGUGCACCUGUAUGGUCAGCUGGCACACGACAAAACAGGCUGCCUGCUACUGGAGGCCCAGAGCGUGGUACCUGACCUGAGUUACACCGUUCGUUCCCCCAUGCUGGAGCAGUGGGAUGGGGUUAAACAGCUGAAAGCUGCGCUUUGGGCUUUGGGUAAUAUUGGCACAUCAAACUGGGGUCUGAACCUACUGCAGGAGGAGAAUGUGAUUCCAGACAUCUUGGCUUUAGCCCAGCACUGUGAGGUCCUCUCCAUACGCGGGACCUGUCUCUAUGUGCUGGGUUUAAUCUGUAAAACAAGGCAGGGUUGUGAGGUUCUGAAGGCCUUGGGCUGGGAUGCAGUCCGGCACUGUCGCCGACAGCAGUGGCCUGUGGUUCCGGAUGAAAUGGAGCAGCAGCUGAGCAGUGAACUCACAUCUGUCCCCAGCACCCUCAGCCUAAACUCCGAGUCCAACAGCUCCAGACACAACAGUGAGAGCGAGUCUCAACCCAGUCUGUUUUUCCUGGAUGACGAUAAGUAUGAUGGACCAGAGUUAUCACAGGACACUCCCACAUAUGUGCGUUCCAAACCAGCUAAGGAGCGCAGUCCGUUGACACGGAUCACCUCCAGUCGAUUUGUCCGAAACCGUUUCCUCAACUCUCUCUCACUCCCGACCAAGAAACCGCGCAGCACUAGUGACCCCAAAAGCAGCUCCUCUGCUGUGUCAAGGCUCCUGGAGGAGCAGGGUCAGGGCAGUUUACGACGUCACCGCACUGUUACAGAGCCCUCUACCUCCACUGAGGUCUUUUUCAAUGGAGCUCACCUUCCUCGCAGUCCCACUGUGAGCCUGGAGACCUCCUUCAUCGGGAAUAAAUGCCCAGAGGAGACGGAAUCUGCUCCACAGAAGGCGGGAGCGUUGGGAGAACUGCGGGGAGAGGGACGGCUGGCGUGCGAUGGGUCCUCCGCACUUCCAGGGGGCACUGCAGCCUUUAAGAGCCGCAGUCAGAGCUUUAACACAGACACCACCACGAGUGGGAUCAGCUCCAUGAGCUCCAGCCCCUCCCGCGAAACCGUGACAACCACGUCUUCUGCUGUUGCCACAGGCGACUCAUCACCGUCAUCGGUCACUAUGGAUACCGACUGCGUCAGCCUCAACACUGUCGUUAGCGCCCGGACAACUGUUCGAACCCCACCGGCCAAUCAUGUUCCGCUGUCCAAAUCCAACUCUGUUUCUCUGGUUCCGCCCGGCUCUGCACACACCCUGCCUCGCCGUGCGCAGUCGCUCAAAUCUCCUUCUGUUGUGGCCAUAAAGAGCCUGAUGGACUGUAGCUUCAUGUACACCAGCCCCCGCGACGCGUUAGGCUACGCUAAGCUAAAGCAGCUACAGCAGCAGCGCAUCCACCCGUCUCUCUCUCAUAGCGAAGCGUUAGCUUCUCCCGCUAAAGACGUGCUCUUUACUGAUACAAUCACCAUGAAAACAGGCAGCCUGGACUCCCGCCUCACACCCAGGUAUUCCCUAAAGCGGUACAGCGGCUCAGGCCCGUUUGGGUACAAACGCAGGGUGUCCAAAAUACUCCUCGCACGAUCCCUGAAGGUGCUGAGUUAUGCGUCUCUGGAUAAGGAGGAGCUCCUCAGUCCCAUAAACCAUUGCACUCUCCAGCGUUCCUCCUCUCUGCGCUCCGUGGUCACCAGCGCUUCCUACGGAGGCUCUGAUGAUUAUAUCGGCCUUGCCCUGCCCAUGGAUAUCAACAGCAUGUUUCAGAUAAAGGAAACAUCUUACUUCCAGAGAGUGAGUCCCCCGCCAGGGGAGAAGUGGUCCAGGUUUUUCUCUGGAGAGUCUGAUGGUAAGUUUACUACAGAGCGCUCUCAAUCAGAGUACAAGUCACAGGUGAGCAUCAGUGAACUGCUGUCCAGCAACAGAGCAAAUCCGUCCAAUAUUCCAGGUCCAGAUGAGACAGGACUACAAGAGCACACGGAGCAGAACUGCCUGUACUGUACCGCCCAGGUUAUACUGGGAGGACAGGCAAACACUCGCGUACAGAUGAGGUAUUCUGUCCCCUGCUGUGUUCCAGACGUGAUGGAGAGCUCUUUCUCUGGGUGGUGUGCCCAGACCACACAUAACCACCUAGAGGUCGUGACCCAGUCCAAGUUUUCAGGGAUUUCAGGCUGCAGUGACGCAGCUGUUUCUCAGGGCUCAGUGGGCAGCAGUACUCCCAGCACUGAACUUAUACUAGGAGGGAAGGUGAUUUGUGAAGACACUCCAGCUGGCAGAGUUCUCCUGAGGAAAGAGAUUCUGCGUCUGGUCGUUAAUCUCAGUUCAUCUGUUGGCACAAAGGGCCACGAGACAGGCCUGCUCACGAUUAAAGAGAAGUUUCCGUACGCAUUUGAUGAUAUCUGUUUGUACUCAGAGGUGUCCUAUCUACUGGCUCACUGUAUGUUCCGAUUAGCUUCCCGAAGAUUCAUCCAGGAACUCUUCCAAGAUGUUCAGUUUAUCCCUAUGUAUGAGGAAGCAGAGAGUGUUCUGACCAAACCACCAAAACAAAUCAAAGUGGACCCCCCUCCUGAGUAAGCCACCCCC